GAAUCCAAGGUGAGGUUUCCAAGGAAUUACGCAGCCUCAAACCACUGCGGGGAAGUGGGCCAGUCAGGUUCAACAUCAUCUCCGAUGCUAAUUAGCACAAUCCGAUUGUUAUUUGGUGACAUCUAGAAGAAAAACUUACUUCAUGUGUAGGCAUGGAGCGCACCGCAUUGGCCCUGUCGCGCUUCCAACCCUUGCCGCGAGCUGCGCGUAAAAGUGAGUGGCUCCGGAGCGCUCUGGCCCAUUACUACUGCCCCGACCCCGGCGUGGAGAACGAAAUUGUCGUCCUGGCCACUGGAAUGGACCAAUACCUGCAGGAGGUCUUCCACCACCUGGCCUACCGCAACCGGGAGGACACGGUGACGGCGGAGGAUUUCACCGCGCUGUGCGCCGUGCUGGGGCUCACGGGAAAGAGGACGAGGACAGGAAAGGAAGGAACUGGAAAUGGAGAGAAAGAUGAUGAAGAUGAAGAGUUUAGGGAUGUGUGUUCUGGGCUGCCCAGUCAGCUGUCCUUUAAAGACUUCCACUCGCGGCUCUGUGGGUAUUUCCGUGUGCGCAGUGCGCGCAGAGGCACCGGGGAGUGUGCCUGGCGCUUGCCCCUCACUGAGGACACGGAGCUGGUCGAGAGACAGAUCCGGCUCCGGUGGCCGCGAGUCAGGAGGAGAAAGUGUGUUAGUUUUGAUCUGAGGGGGGAACAGAGUGGACCUGUAGACAUAUCUACAAAAGGUGGAACCAAAGAGGACCGUGAGACAGAUGAGGUAUCAGCACUGAGGGAGCUGGUGGAGGACCUCCGCUCGGCGCUGCAGGGGAGCGAUGCUCGCUGCCUGGCUCUGGAGGUGGCACUCCGACGGGAGAGGAGCCGCACCCUCCCUUCUCCCUCCACCUUUAACUCCACUGUUUCAACUCCCACAACGUCCAUCACCUUCGUACAGGGAAAACUGGUACCCACACAGAGAAUUAAAGGACAUAGCAGUGGUGCUGGAGGAGACGGGGCGAGGAAGGUGAUGAGGAUACAGGACAUCAGGGACCCCCUUCUGAGGGAGCUAAAGCUGAUCCGCUCCUCACGUGACGGGCAGCUGGAGGAGGCCAUCAAAUUCAACGAGCGCCUGGAGAAGGAGCUGCGAUGGGCGUACGAGGAGGUGCGCAAGCUGCAGGGGGUGGAGUCCGCUCUGAGGAAGGAGAACAUUCAGAUCAGGAGGCGAGCGGAGGAAGCCAGGGAGGCUCUGAGCUUGGGGCUACAGAGGGUUCGACUGAUCCAGGAGCAGGCUCAGUCUGUGCCACAGCUCCAGUCCAGGAUCACCCAGCUGGAGACUGAACUGCACCAGUACAGAUCCUGCUGUACCUGCAUCUUUAACUCCUCCCGUCAACAAAUGUAUCCACUCGGAGCAGAAGACACAUGCAGCAAGACAGAUGCAGAGUGUCUGCAGAGAGCCGUGGAGGGGAGAGCUGCCUCUGAUGAAGAGGAGGAGGACAGGGGGCCGAGGGAGGAAGGACAGUGCUGCCUGUUAGGUGCGAAGAAGAACGUCAGCCAACGGCAAAGCUGUAGCAAAGGAUGUCAGAACCAUAUGGUUCAUCAUUCCCUGCAUGAUAAAAACCUCAUCAGCACUUCUAAAGACAGCAGGGGGCGCUGCAGCUGGAGGGGACCAAACCAAGAGCAACAGGAGGGAAACAGAGGCUUUGAAAAAGAAAAGAGGCCCGAGGAAGAGGAGGACAAGCCAAGGCUGGAGGAGAAAGAAAAGACACGUCUGUUCCUGCUGGAGGAGAAACUCACAGAUGCCCUCACACUGUUGCUGCAGCUACGCAACAAGAACAUGUCCCGCAGGGCCCUGGGGAAGAUAGUGAUGGACACCCUGGAUGUCUGCAGCAGGAGUGGAGAUGGCCCUUCCAGGGUCCUGCAGGUAGCUGAUGCUCUCUGCCUCCAGUUAUCUUCCAGCGAUCUACUAGGAGACAGAGGGGAUGAUGGAGGAGAAGGAGGAGGAGAAGAGAGCAGAGAGAAACUCCUGGUUACGUCCUCUGGGUGUCAAACCAGCAGUCCCAACCCUCUGCUCAUCUCCUGUUAAAUAAGCUGUUACUGCAGUACUUUAUCAUCCUUCUCCUCUACUUUAUUUUAUUCUUGGCUCAUUUGCACCUAUGUAAGAUUCCCAGUUGUGUAUCCCAGAUUUUGAAACUGGUUCAUUGUAUUUAAAGAUUAAUUUUAUUUACUUUAUUCAGUCUCUUAGUGUUGUGUUUUGUAUUUAUUUCAUCUGAACAAUUAAAU